AUGCUUGGCGUUCCUAUCCUGAACGCGAUUUCCUAUACAAAUCGCGAAAACGCGUUAUACCAUGAUUCUCUCGGCGUCUUAGCCGGCCUAUCGCCAUGGCUUUACGACCGCUACCAGAUCUUCUCCCACAUGAUGGCAAACCGGCCAGGGAAAUUGAUCGAGAUCAACGCAUUCAAGUCACAUGAUGUGCUCUUUCAAGACGCGAUCCGGAAUUGUGAAGAUGUGGUGUUAGCUGAGAAGGGAGGGAUUGCGAUCCUGAGUUGUGAUGCUGGAAGAGAUAAUUGGAAUACGGUUAUGGGAACAUUUAAAUCCUCUCCCACCCUCCCCAACGGCGCCAUCCAUCUUUUGACCUACAGCACCGACCCCCCUUCCCUCCGCCCCCUCACACUUCUCGACUUCCCCAACGCCCAAGACUUCCACCCCCUCGGCCUCUCCUGGGACCCGAUCUCAUCAACCCUCUAUGUAGUCAACCACGCCCACAACGCUUCCGUUCUGGAAAUUUUCUCGCCCGUCGAUCUGGCUGCCGGAACCGCUACGCACUCGCGCACUCUCAAGCAUCCGCUCCUGCAUGCGCCGAAUGCAAUUCUGGAUUUGGGUGCGGGGAGAUUGAUAGUGAGCAACGACCACUCCAAAUGGCUGAUGGCGAGAAGGUCGAAGCUGCUAGCGCAGAUGGAGACUUGGAGCGGGAUUCCGGGAGGAAGUGUCGUUUACAUCGACACAAAGGAUCCGCGCGCUGAGGAGAAGGGGAAGGUACUUGCGUGGGUGCCGUUUGCCAACGGGGUGGAGAGAUUGAAUAAAACCACGGUGGUAGUGGGAUCGAGCUCAAUGUCAGGGCUCUACUUCUACAACAUCACCGAGGAGGCCGAUGGCACAGUGGAUUUGACGCCCAGCGGCUUUGUCCGCACCCCUGUUGCUGUAGAUAAUCUCUCCUUAGAGGAGAAGACGGGGAAACUGCUGGUUGCCGGACACCCGUUUGCGCCGGCGCUGGUGGAUGUGGCGAUCAGAAGAGGUUCCUGUAAUAGUUCUGAUUUUGAUGGGGAGGUCAGCGAGAAGUGUAAGUGCAAUGCCCCAAGUUGGGCGGCUGAGUGGAGUGAGGAGGGAGGUCUUAGGGUGCUGUAUCAGGGAUAUGCAAUCUGUGGCAGCACGACUGCUGUGAGAGACGGAGAGAGGAGAAUAGGAGUUGUUACAGGUUUGUAUGAUCGAGGAAUCAUGGUCUUCAAGCAAUAGGGGGACUGGAGCAGGGAUACAGAGCAAGCCAAAGGAUGCUGGAUCUGGGUUUACAUAAUGAUGUGGAAAAAGGGGUAUCUACUCAAUUGACAAUGUAAGAGACAGUUGUCCGAGGGAAAGCUCGCAAAGACGCUAAAAAAGAUGGAACUGUUCACCCAAGGGCAGGUGCUACAUCCAGUCCGUCUUGAACACCGGUGCGCCGAUUAGAUCCUGGCAUUACUGCCGCAAAUCACAUUACAAAUGCAAGAAGUAUUCGAGAAAUCCGGCAAGUUUAAUCAGGAGGCUCCUCACUUUCUCACUCUCGCUUCGCCCUCGCUCGCAGAGUUCAAAACCGCCCCGGUGCUCCCUGGUAGUG